AUGGCUAACUUCUUAGGAACAAAAAUUAGUGACAUUGACUUAAAUGAAGUAAAAAAAGAAUUAAGAAAAAAAAAUAAAAAUUAUGAUGAAUAUGAUUUAUAUGUUUAUUAUAAAAAAUUAGUAGAUUUAGAAAAAAUUAAAAAUGAAAAAAAAAAAAAAAGGAAAAGAAUUUUGAAAGAGGACGACGAGGGUUUUAAGCCUUGUAAUUAUAUAUCAAGUAUAUAUAAUAAAAAUAAAAAUAAAAUAACAAAAAACAUAUAUGAUUAUAUUGAUCAAUAUGAUAAUAUAUAUGAGGAUAUAUACACCAAUGAUAAUUUUCAAGAACAAAAUAGCUACACAGAUAAUAUAAAUUUUACCUUUUUCAAUGACAGCAUUUCUUAUGAACUGUUGAGAAAACAUAAUUAUAUAGACGGCAUACCAAUAGGGAUACGCAUAAAUGAGAUAGAAUAUUAUAACAAUAGUAAUAUAAGUAAUUUUUCAAAAAAUUGUAACAAACAAACUGAAUCCCGAUAUAAAUGCGAAUCUUCUUUACAAUCCAAUAAGGAUCCUAAUAAUUAUUCUCAGAGCCAGGAUAUGAACUAUUUUAAAACAAAUAUAGAUUUGAAAUGUGAAAUAGUAGAAGAUAAAGAAGUAAAUUUAGUAAAGCACAAAGAAAAGAAAACUUAUAAGUCGAAUUUUGUAGAAAAAAAAAUAAACAAAUGUGUAGAAAAUAAGUGUCGAGAAAUCGGACCUAAAUUACCAGGCAUAUUUGAUCAAGUAAGAAAAAAUGAAAUAAUAUACAAAGAAAACAAUAAUGAACGUUUACAAAAUGAAUAUUUAAAUAUUUUGUCCAGAAGAAAUCGUAUUAUUUCAUUUAAGUUAAAAGAACAAAAAGAAUUUGAAAAAAAAAUUAAAGAAAUAUAUAAACCCAAAAAUAAUUUUGAAGGGGCUUUUUUUGAUAAGGAAAAAACAAGUAUAAAAAAUAUUACAAAAAAUGAAUUCGAUGCAAUUCGUAUUAAUUUUUUAGAACAUAAAAAUGAUGAAUAUGACCAACAUAAAUUCACGAUAUAUAAUGAUAUGAAAAUAGAUGGAAUUAUAGACAAUUUUGAAAAAAAAAAAAUAUUUGGGCAGGUUAACAAUUAUGAUAAUUACUCGGACAGCUCUUGUGAAUAUAUUCAUACUGAAUCUGAUAUAAGAAAAAUUAAUAAGCAUCUUGAAAUAAAAGAUUUAGAUGAAGAAAUGGAGGAAACACGAGCUAUAACUAAAAUGAGAUAUAACAUAAGUAAAGAGAGAAAUGAAAACAUUAUUGAUAAUAUACAAUAUGGAAAAGAAAGAUGUAAAAUAAGCGAUAUAGAAGGGAGCAUUAUAAAUUUAUUUGCAUUAUAUGAUACUUCAAAUUAUGAAAAGGUAGAGGUAAUGGCGUUAUUAGAAUUUUAUUCGAUUUUUUAUAAAAGUAAAAGUAAACGUAUUGAUACAAAUAACAAUAUUAUUUCUUUUCCUAAUAAUAUGAACGACAAAAAAAUGGAUGAAAUAUAUAGACAAUACUCAAAAUUAACAAAUUUACAAAAUAAAGAAUUAAGCAAAAAAGAACUAAUAAAUUUAUAUGCUCCAAACAAAAAAUGGACACGUGCAACUACAAAUAACGAAGAAAAUGAAAGUAAAUUGGAAAAUGAUAUUGAUUCUCUUAAAAAUAAAAUUAAUUUUAAUGAUUUAAAAAAAAAAAAUCGAUUCUUAUUUUUUUGUAAAAUGAAAGAGAAUAAUAAUAUUAAAAAAAAUGCUCAUAUUUUUUCAAAAACAGAAUACAACGAAUUUGACAAUUUGUCAAAUAUGCUAAAAAUAUAUCAUCUUAAUUUUUACACAAAUAAUAUAAUAAAUGACUCCAGACAUAAUAACACAGAUAUGAAAAUACACAAUUAUGAAUUUUCGAAAAGUAUAUAUGAAAAAUUAACAAUUUCAGAUAUGUAUAAUAAGGAUGAUAAUACUUCAAAAAAUCAUGAACCAACUUUAGAUAUUCUCUUUUUUAACAUUCCAUCGUUUUUUUUUAUCACACUUUUUAAUUCAUAA